CACUGUCAUUCAGCGUGGAAACGUCUGCCCUGUGAAAAGCACGGUCGGCAUACUUGGGUGUACGGGAAAAAAAUAUGAAAAUAAAUAUGCAGACGCUACGGCCGGCAGCAAAAGUCAAGCUCGAUCGGUCAAUAAACUGAUCGAUUAAUCCUUAUCGCCGAGCGGAGUGGGUUGUACGAAAUCCGUGGCUUCUUCACCUCUCGUACCGACCGCCGAGCUCCGAGUUUCGUGUGCUAACUACACGUGACCAAAGAGCUUCAAUUCGAAGUUGGGGUGUCGGGAACUAUGAUGGGUGGCUUAGGGUACGCGUGGGUUAUUCCCCUUAUUCCUGGGGCAAAGAAAACACCCGUAAGGUUGUAAACCGAACCGCCGAGCUCGUUGCAGCGAUGCUACAGACGCAGAAGCGCUGAAGUUUGGUUCGACCUCAGCCAUGAUCUUGAAUCGAUAGACGAUGCGGAGGAGGUAGAAGAGCUCGCCAUGACGUCCUUAGCUAAACUUGUUUUUGUCGACACUCAUUCGAGAAGCACUCAAAACGGUGCUACUGAAUCUGAGUCUGACAAGGCGCUCUCUUUAGCUUUUGAAAAUUUGUUUCAUAUGCCGUUCGACAUAAUAGAGACCUACGGCAGCACUCUUGGAACUCUAGACAUCAGCUACAACAAGUUUAGUAGAAAUCUCCAGUUCUUAGCUGAAUUUGAUAAUAUGACGUCGCUAAAUCUUGACCAUAACAACAUAGAUUCAUACACGAUAUUUCCGCCGUUGCCAAAGCUCCAACUGCUGUGGUUAAAUCAUAAUAAAAUUGAAGAUUUGUAUCCAUUCGUGAAAAAUCUUCGUGCCAGUGUGCCGAAUCUUCGCUAUCUAUGCAUGAUGGGCAACAAGGCAGCGCCGAGUUACCUGAACGGCGGAUCGUUUUACGAAUACUUACAAAGCAGACUGUUCGUGAUAUCAUGGUUUCCACAUUUGGUGCAUUUGGACGACAGAGCCGUGACACCUGAGCAAAGAUUGGAAGCCAAGAGGCUUUUUAAAAGGCCAUUGUUUGACCAAAUAGCUGAAACGACACAGGUUCCAGAGUGUCUCAAGCACUUACGCAACAAAAUGUCGAGCAUACUCUCUAAACCUGCACUGCCAGUAAGGUCCAAAGUUCCAAAAGGUUCUAAUUUUAUUAUUUAAUGGAGUAUUAAAAGAUUUCAUAUCGAAAACCUCGCCGUUUUUUACAUAAAAAAUAAAACUACGUAACGCAGGUAUACGUAUGUAGAACGAGACUGCGGUAAUGCGCGGUUCAUAAGACUGUCUGACCGCUACACUUUAUAUUAUUACUGAACAAUGAAAUGAAACAUUGAGUCGUUAGUAUACACACCAGUGGUCCGAUGUUAAAACGUACACGUCUCUGUUAAAGGUUGAAACGACUCUCUUCGUCGUUAAUUUAUGAUGAAAUUAAUCGCCCCGCACAAUCCAUGUUAUGAGAAACGAGAAAAAAAGAACGAUCUCUACGGUUCUGGUUUGCAAAAAUUCAUAUAUCGAUGACAAAUAUAGGUACUAUUUUUUUACGAAAACAUUGCUUCUAUAAAAUUAUAGGGGAUUUACUGUAUUUGUAAUAAUUAUCAAACAAAAUCGCGGGUCAUUAUA